AUGACUGCUACUAUUAUUCCACUAAUUGUUAUUCUAAAAAUUAAUCAAGGAUCGAAUAAUAAUUCAAAUUCAUUAAAUGUGAAUGUUCCUAAACGUCUUGGUAUUUAUUAUGUAUGGCCAUCAUUAGUUCAUGGUGCUUAUGGAAAUUUAACUUUAGCCAUCAACACAUUCAGUCAAUUUGAUGUGAUUGUUUUUGGUGACGGAAUAGCUUCAUCUUCUCAUGGUGAUCAUGCUAAUACACAAAUAAUUAUUCAAUCAUUAAAUAAUCUUGGAAAGUUAAGUUUUGGUUAUAUUGAUCUAGGAGUUACAACAAAAAACUUAUCUAUUUUACAAAUGCAAACAACUGUUGAUGACUGGCAAGCUAUGGAAAUCAAAGGAAUCUUGUGGGAUGAUGCUGGUUAUGAUUAUGGUGUAACUCGUUCUCGUCAAAAUACAAUGAUUUCUUAUUGUCAUUCAUUAAAUUUAGGAGUAAUGAUGAAUGCAUGGGACCCAGAUGAUGUUAUGUCUGGAAGUCCAAUGCUUUUAGAUUCUCGUGAUAUUUAUUUACUUGAAUCAUAUUUAAUAUCGAGUGGUACUUAUCAAAAUUUAACAACAUGGAAAAUAAAAGCGGAUAAAUGUUUAUCAUAUUCGAAUUCAUUUGGAAUUUCAACGGCAUCUCUUUCAACAAGUUCAACUCCAAUAUCAUCAUCAUUUGAUUCUACUUCACAAUUUAGUCAAGCAUGGUUUGGAACUGCUAUUUAUAAUUUUUAUUAUUUUCAAGCUACAGAUAUCCUAUACAGUGCACACGAUAAUAAAUUAUACGCAUUUUCAAACCCAAUAUCAUCGUAUGGAAACAGUUGGCAAACGAAUGAUAUACAAACAGAUUCAAAUAUACAUUAUUAUAGAUCAACAAAUACUCACACUUUGCAUAUUUAUGGAGAUGGAGCUACGUACGGAAGUGGAAAUUUUAGUCUUUUAUAA